AUGGUCCCUAACAGUACUGUAUCACCCCAAACUUCAUCCAAGAAACUCACUCUUCCCCUCCUUUCCCUCAGUGAUCCCCAUGCCGCGCGUCCGACGCGUCGUCCUCAUCUUUCUUCACAAACUUCGUCCUCCCACCUCUACCAGCCUCAAACAAACCCCAUCCCCCUCUUCCACCACUCCCCCAAUCCCCUCUCCUCCAUGAACUUUGCAAACUCCUUCACCUCCCCCGUCUCGUCAAACCCCGUCCUCCUCACCCCCACCACACUUCUCUCCGAUGGCACAGGCGCCGGCUUCGCAAUGCAACGGAAAUCUUUGUACCGCAGAGCCUGCACCGCGGAAACCCACUCCGUCAGUCCCGCCUCGUCGCGCGCUUCGGCAAACAUUAUUCCCGGUGAGCCGCCGCUCCGCACGAGAAGCCAGUCUACGUUGAGCUGCUGGGCUGCGCGGCGGACGCGCGAGAGCUUUUUGCGGGAUGUUAUGUGGUGA